AUGCAAGAACCAUUGAAAUAUACAUUGGAUUGUAUUCGUCUUGUUGGUCAUAUUGUUCAUCAUACUUCAUGGCCAUCAGUUGAUGAACAUAAAAUGAAAAAAUCGUGUGAGGAUACAAUAAAUAAUUGGAAAAAAGAAUUUGAAAGUGAUAUUUCAACAGAUCAUUUAUAUAAUACUGCUAGAGAUAGUUAUGAUUAUUGGAAUGAUUGA